UGAGAGACGCUGUUAACACAGUGGGCCAAAUUCCUGAUAAUCAGGGAGAGCCGACUCAGAAGAGAGGAGCUUCAGAUGAGAGAUGCUGUACUUGCACCCGACGAUGUGCUGAUGAUCUGAGAGAGCCAAGGCUGAAGGCAUGGCCAUGUCCAUUUUUUUUUUUUUUGUCUUUUUAGGGCUGUAUUUGUGGCAUAUGGAGGUUCCCAGGCUAGGGAUUGAACCGGAGCUGUAGCUGCUGGCCUACACAGGUUGCUCAAGGUGGGGGAAGGGGCAUUACAGUGAGACCGGUGGGGUGAUGCUAAGGGUCUGGUCAUCACUUGAAUUCAGUCUCCUCGAAGGGGACUUGAAGUCUAACAGUACUCUAGACGCCAGUCUCCUGUAUACCCUUUGCAGCAUUUAAUCAUGGAUGUCCCUUACAUUUUCAUGUCUUCCCAAACACAAGUUCCUUGAGAGCAGGGAUUAUUUCGUAAACUUCUGUCAUUUAUUUUAUUUUUGCUUUUUAGGGCCACACCCGAGGCAUACGCAAGUUCCCAGGCUAGGAGUUGAAUCGGAGCUACAGCUGCUGGCCUACACUACAGCCACAGCCACGCCAGAUCUGAGCUGCAUCUGCGACCCCAUGGCUCAUGGCAACGCUGGAUCCUUAACCCACUGAGCGAGGCCGGGGAUGGAACACGCAUCCUCAUGAAUAGUAGUCGGAUUCGUUUCCCCUGGACCACAGCAGGAACUUAUUUUGUGAGCUUCCGUAUGCCCACAGAGACCGACUAACUUAUGAGCCACACAAAAGAUGUUAUGAUGAAUUUAAUUGAUUUGAUAUUGAAAGCCCAGACCCUGGGAAUCUGUCAGAUUAUAAAUCAGGCCACGUGGAUUAAAGGUAACUAUAAAUCAGGCCAUCUGUUGCUAUAAAGUAAUAGGUAGAGGGAUGAUCUGGUUGAGCUCAGUUUAGGCUGGUUUUCAUAACAAAAUGCUCUAUACCUGAGAGACGUGGUUCGCCAACCAAGAACUGCCAAUCUGAGGAGAACACCCAGUGAUCAUUUUACAGAUUUUCUAGUUUGACAACUGGAUUCUACCAUUAAAAAAAAAAAGGUUUAUUACCUAUCUGAUCAAUGACCCAUUUAUUUCACUUGGGAAUGUUGGAAGGAAAAAGGAAAAACUUUUUCCCUCCGCCACAUGAGUCCAUUGAUUGGAUCCUGCAAAUUAACUGACAAUAGAUUAACAGGAGAAAAGGCAAAAUUUAUUUAGCAUUGGGCGGGGGGGACUUCUAAUAAUGGAAACCUCCAGUGAAGGACUAAAGUAACUUUAUAUCUCUCAGUUUAACAAAAGGGAGGUUUUUAGGACUACAGUGGGAGAGUAGGGAAGGUUCUGCCGGGCUUUUUGAUGCUAAUGGCAAUGGUUGAUCUGUCUUCACCGCAACUGAAUUAGCAGGAAACUCCCUUGGAAGGAGGUUAAGGGCAGCUGUACGUUAGGUAGGUUCUGCUUUAUUCAGAUUUGGAGCAGUUCAGAUAAGAUUUCUUUCUUCAUCUUCUGUAGCUGAAACGUUUUCACUUUAAAAUAAUCCUAAUACCAAGCCUGGGGGUGCAAGUGGGUUCCCACCGAAGGAAAAGAUCUUGUCCAAACAUCCGAGAAGAGGAACCUAAUCUCAAGUCUUGGGAUGUGUCUGAGCAUGCCCGACGGUGACUGACUGCUAUCCGAUAUUUAGCCUUGUGUGGGUCUCAGCGUCUGAGACACCUCUGUUCGCGAUUAUAGACAGGCAAGAAUGUGUCAAGAAGCAGUUCUUCAAAAAGCUCCCGAGAGGAAUUCCCCUGUGGCACAGCAGGGUAAUCAACCAGCAUUGACAGAGCAGCCUCUCUGGUCGCUGCGGUGGCGUAGGUUCGACUCCGGGAACUUCCACAUGCCUCCAUAAUAUAAAUAAAUACAUACAAAAAGUUAUGAGAAGGCAAAAUAGGGGAAACCAAUAAUCACUGGCCUUUAAGAAGGCAGGGUGGUGUGGGAGAAAGUGCAUAGCAGUCCCGGCCAAUCUGGAGCCUGGGGGCCAGAUUUGGGGAACAUCCGGCUUGAGGGACGGCUGUUGUGUGCUCAGGUUACUUCCUCAAAUAGAGCGAAGAUAACAAUAUCUAGCUAGUGCAAUAACUAGCUAGUACUAGUUGUGAAGACUCACCAAUACAGGAGGCAGGGCGCCGGCUGGGAGCAAGUCAAGGGCUCACUCGGGUCUGUGCUUGGCGGGGAUGGGGGGGGUGGUGGAGAAUAGAAGACUCCUCAAGAGGGCUCCCAAGACUCGCGUUAUUCGCCACUUGGGCUGGCUUUAAAACUCCCUCAGAGCCCCGAGAUGAUUUUUAGUUUCUCUUCUCUCCGAAGCAGCCUCGCGGUGCCCAGCUGGGGAACCUGACCUUCGCGGAGCAGAGAACCGAGAGGGAGCCGUCCGACUGUCGCCGGCGGAUUAGUCCCAGCCUGUUCGCUCUCUUUCCAGUUGCUCGCCGUCGCGAUUGAUUUUAAGUUGACACAAGGACCGGGUCGGUGCGAUCUGGACUCUCGACCCAAGCCUUGGAGGAAACCGAAACCUCCGGGCUCAGCUAACAGCGGCGGAGAGCGCACGCUCGCUCGCUCGCCCCGGGCGCGCCCAGCCCGCGCGCCGCCCGCUCCCGCCCCCGGGAUUCUAGUAAGUUUCGAUUCUCCCCAGAGCGGAGUCCCGCGCCGCCGCGGCCAGGCCAGCGCAGGGAGCCAUGGCUGACCCGGGGGUGUGCUGCUUCAUCACCAAAAUCCUGUGCACCCACGGGGGCCGUAUGGCCCUGGAGGAGCUGCUGCAAAAGGUGAAGCUCUCCGAGGCGCAGCUCUGCGAGGUGCUGACAACCGCCGGGCCCGACCGCUUCGUGCUGUUGGAGACCGGCGGCAAGGCGGGGGUCACCCGGUCCGUGGUGGCCACCACUCGAGUCCGGGUCUGCCGUCGCAAGUACUGCAACAGACAGUGCGGCAACCUGCACCUCUGCAAGCUCAACCUGUUGGGCCGGUGCCACUAUUCGCAGUCGGAGCGGAAUUUAUGCAAAUAUUCUCAUGAGGUUCUCUCAGACGAGAACUUCAGAGUCCUGAACAGUCAUGAGCUCUCUGGACUGAACAAAGAGGAAUUAGCCGUGCUCCUUGUCCAAAGUGACCCCUUUUUUAUGCCGGAGAUAUGCAAAAAUUAUAAGGGAGAGGGUGGAAGGCAGAUUUGUAACCAGCAGCCACCGUGUGAAAGGCUCCAUGUCUGUGAACACUUUACCCGAGGGAACUGCAGUUAUUCCAACUGCUUCCGGUCCCACAACCUGAUGGACAGAAAGGUCCUGGCCGUCAUGAGGGAACACGGGCUCAGUUCGAGCGUCGUCCAGAAUAUCCAGGACAUCUGCAACAGCAGACACCGCCGAAAUAAACCCUCUGGGGCUAGAGCUCCUUCCUCCCAUCGUAGAGACAGAGGGAGAAGCAAGAGCAGGGAGCGAUUAUGCCAGGACAGUGUCGAAUUUCUUCCAUCUGCUUCGGCUGCUGCUCGGGUGUCCCGCACACCCAGUCCAGACUCUGCCGGCCGCCACUCCUCCCCAGACGAUGGCCUUGUCGAGCAUCUUGCCACCAAGUUCAAGGGUUUGGGAAGCCAUGAUUGCCCUCAGCUUUCCUCUGUCUCGUCUGCAGCCACCAGCCAGGGAGGAACGGGUCCAAGGGGAGGAAGCCAGAGUUUUUUAGAGAAUGGCAGCCCAGAGUCUCUUUUGUUGGUGAAUUGCGGAGGUUCUAUUUUCAGUUUGGCUUCACCCCCAGCUCCCAACUGGAAGGGCCCCACCUCCUGGCAGAACAACAAGGACCCCAGUAGAGAGAGUUCGUUUUCUCCGAAUCAAGCCGUCACCUUCUCUCCUCUCGGUUCUCCCCAAACGCCCCAAGCCACGUCCACCAGAAAGAGCCCGACUCUCUUUUCCUCGGAUUUCGUGAACCUCGAGGGCAGAAGUGGGAAUCAAGAUGGCCAGCCUUUCCAGCUUUUUCAUAAUAACGUUGAUGCAGUGGCCACAGAUGUCGCUUCCAGGAAAUCUUUAAGCUACAAAAGCGCAACUAGCAGACAGAGAGAAAAGUCGUUACCUAGAAGCCCGGACGCGGGCGCUGCUCACGGUCUUCUCCAGCCGGCUGGCAAAGUGGCAGAAGAUGCAGCUGCGGCGGCCUUUGGCAAUGGUUCUGCACCUGACGCCAGGAGUACUGCAUCUUCCAUGAUGGAUGACCACGGCUCAAAUGAAAUUUGUCUUGACCAUCUGGAUAAGGGUUGUCAGCUUAAGAACUGCAGCAAAGUUCACUUCCACCUGCCCUACCGGUGGCAGAUGCUCAGUGCGAACACCUGGAUGGACCUCUCGCUCAUGGAGAACGUCGAGGAGGCCUUUUGUGACCCCAAAGUCUCCGUCCUUUCUAUUGGAAAUUAUAAACUCAAUUUCCAGGAGAUGACUUGUGAUUAUAAUCCCAUCCGACGCCUCUCCACGCCUUCAUCUGUCACGAGGCCGCCCGGUACUGUCUUCACCACGAAAUGGGUUUGGUACUGGAAGAGCGGACCUAACACAUGGGUUCGAUAUGGGGAGAAGAAAGACAAUCAGAUUUCAAACAUUGACUCUGCGUACCUGGAGUCUUUCUUUCUAUCCUGUCCAAGGGGAAUCGUGCCAUUUCAAGCAGGCUCACAAAACUUCGAGCUGAGUUUCCCAGGAAUGAUUCAGACAAACGUAGCUUCCAAGGUGCAAAAGGAUGUCGUCAGAAGGCCGACCUUUGUGUCCCACUGGGAUGUGGAGCAGAUGAAACGGGGAAUGGGCCCUCCCCAGGUGCAGCCACAAUUAGAGCCUCCAGCCCCGACAUUCCUUCCUCAGUGGGACACACACUUCUCAGCCUCGAAUGGCUACAAGUUGCUUGAGAUCCAUAACUACACUCCGGAAUAUGUCGAAGUAAGUGGGCGCUUUAAAGCGUCCAUGAAAAACUUCAAGAUCGACAAGAUAAAGAAGAUCCAGAACACGAAGCUCUUGAACGCUUUUGAAAGGAAUUUACUUCACAAAAGAUGCCAUCAGUUCUCAUAAAGAUUGCCCGUAUGAUUCCAAAAACGUGGCCAUGUUCGUAGUCCGAGUCCUCGUCGGAAAUUUUGUUGAAGGACAUCCGUAUUUCACGAGCCCUCCUCUGGGAUUCAACAGCUGUGUGGACACAAGGUUGAAUCCCUCCGUUUUUGUCAUCUUUGAAAAAGAUCAGAUUUACCCAGAAUAUCUGAUCGAAUAUACCGAAACAGACAAACCCUGCGUGAUCAGUUAGACAUGAUGGGCAGGGCAUCACAAGGAGACCAUAACCCUUCUGUCCACUUACAGAGCCAGAUCGCCCCCAAUCAUGGUUUCAACUUUUACAUUUUCUCGACUGAAUGCCUUAGAGGAGGGAUUCCCAAACUUGGCCGCACAUUUAAAUCAUCUGGGAUGCUCUAAAAAUUCCAGGGUCCAGACAGCACCCCAUUCCUGCUGCAUCACCUUUUCUGGGGGUGGGAGGCUGGGAGAAGAUUGAAAUGUGUCAUCAAGUUUGGGAAUCACUGCCUGAGAUAGAACGGGUAGAGACUGAUUUCUAAUACUUCUGUAAUUGCAACAACCUUUCUCUCCCAACUGCUCCUUUAAUUUACCGCCUGGCAGGGUUUUGUUUUGUUGUUUUGGUUGAAUCGAAAGAAAUUAGUUUGAGAAAUUUGAGAGAAAGCUAAACAGGCCUACUGAGAUCAUGACAUAAGACAGUACAGCCUUGGAUGGAAGACUGAAAAGUUGGGGGAAAGUACUUAGAAAUAUACGGGGCGGGGGGGACGGGGAAUGUAAGGAUAAUUUAAAUGCUAGUACAGACAUAACUGCAGUACUGCACCUUAUCUUUGUGAUGAAACUGACUUGGGAGCAUGCAUUUCUUUAUCUCUACGUUUAUUUAGGGCGCUCCAGAGGUUGACGCUGGAAUGCAAUAAAAAUUGCCGCUCUGGGUGGCUCAGAGGGAAGCAACCAACUGGAGUUAACUGCCCGUUGGGGCUCUUUAUAUAAUUAUAGCAAAAUAGACAGAUUCUAAUUAAUUUGAUUACAGAGAAGACUUCUUUUCAGGUCAGACUUUCAUGAAGUGUCGGGGGGGGGGGACCGAGUUGCAGUAACCAGAUUCACACAAACAUACCUGAUAAAUCCGAGUGCUGUUGUAGUUGUUCGCUGUAGCUUUGGAGGCUCACCAAGAACUUAGGAGCAGGGUCAUCCGACAGAAGGAUGGGCCCCCUAAGGGGUGAGCACAGAAUUAGCACGAAGAGGACAUGCCCCAUACAAGCCUUGCACCUGUGAGGGGCUUCUUUUUCUAAAUAUAACGGAUUGUGUGGAAUUGUAGCACAGUCAGUUUUUAGAGCAGUUGAGGUGCCUGGACCAAGAGUUUCUUUCUUAUUAUGAAUCAUGUUUUUCCUUCCAGUUUUCCUUUUCAACAUUCCAUACCCAAAAUUUCCUGUUGUAGUUCCUCCAACAGACAUGUCAUCAAAGUCAAUCAGGGAGUUCCUGCUGUGGCGCAGUGGGUUCAUGAUGGGGCUUGUUUCCGUGGAGGCACAGUUUGUUCCUAGCCCAGUGGGUGAACGAUCCAGCAUUGCUGCCGCUGUGGCACACAUAAGUCACAGUCGCCCCUUGGAUUUGAUCUCUGGCCCGGAAACUUCCCGAUGCCAUAGGUGCAGCUGAAAAUGGAAAAAAAAAAAAAAAAAAAAAAGUAACACUCAUUAGAGUUGAUUAUACAUUAAGUUUUAGAUUAGUGGAAAGAUCUCUACAACUCCCUGGCCUUAAAGGGCUCCAAGAGUAGCAAAUAUAUAGGCAUUUUUAGGGUAGGGUCGUUUUCUAAGAGGCUUGCCACAGAGCGUCUCAUUCACUUAUUUUCUUCCUGGUAGCUUCUGUUUUGGAGUUUUCACUUCCUGAUCUCCACCCUCACCUUGGAGAGAUGCGAUGUCUCUUCUUGACGGCCCAUUGGACAUCUUUAACUGGAUAUUUCACACGUAUCUCUAAUUCCAUGUGUGUCCAGAAUGGAGCGCUCCAUCUGCCUCCUUCCAACACAUCAGUUCUUCCCCAGAAAAACAUCUGCUCGAGCAGAGGUCAUCCCCAACGCCUCUCCCCACCCCCCCACUCCCCCCGCACCUCUGAGCCGUUCCCAUGUCCCAUUUUCCUUCCUAAACCUCUCUUUGUCUCCUAUUCAGGGGUCUUAGCAGCAAGAAUGAAUUUUCUUUUUACUUCGUAUUAGCCUUUCAAAACACACAUCUGAUCAUGCCUUUAUUUUUUUUUUAAUUUUUUAUUUUUAUUUUUUUGUCUUUUUAGGGCCACACCUGUGGCAUAUGGAGAUUCCCAGGCUAGGGGUCGAAUUGGGGCUGUAGCUGCCGGCCUAACGCCACAGCCACAGCCAUGCCAGAUCCAAGCCGUGUCUGCAACCUACACCACAGCUCACGGCAACGCCAGAUCCUUACCUCACUGACCGAAGUCACAGGUGGUACCCACCACCUCGUGGUUCCUAGUGGGAUUCGUUUCCACUGCGCCACGACGGGAAUGCCUGAUGAAGUCUUUAGAAUAAAGUUCACAGUCAUCACCAUGGCCCCACAUGCUCCCUUCUUUCCCUCCCCUCAUUUAUUUUCUGCCCAAUCACUCUGGCUUUCUUCCUUUCAGCUCUUUGGCGCCCCUGUUCACCUAGCUCAGUGGUUCUCAACCAGCACUCCUGCCUUCUUUUUUUUCAAACGACAAAUACUUCGUAACAUCCGCUUCAUUAUCCUCAAAAUGCCACUCGGUGGUAAGAUACUCUACCUGCACACAAUUUUGGAAGUAAAUUUAAAAUCAAAUAAAAUUAAUACCAACACAAAAGGGAAUGAAAGUCCAUAACUUGGGCAGGACUCUACCAGAGAACCUCACUAAGUUGUCAGAAUAAAGCAUAAAUCUACUCAUACAGAAUAAAUCUGAACUUAGAAGAAGGUAGGAGAUCAGACGCUGUUUUGUAUAAAGAAGUAUGGGGAGAUAAAAAAGCAGGGGUGCGAGAGGACAUGAGAAGAAAAACUAGUGACACAACCAGUCAUUUGCAUGGCAUAAUGCUUAUUUCUGUAGGAGAAAGAACGAAGCAACCUUAACUGAAAUGAGGAUACUGUACAAGAAAAUCUACAGAUUGUCGAGAUGGAGAAAAUAGUAGAGUUUUGCAGACGAGCUGUAGGUCAUACAUGAAUGUCUGGUGAGACAUUCAAACUUCGUAUAGGGUGCAGAGCAAUUCCUUAUCUUGAGGAGCUGUCCAGUGUAUUGCAAGAUACUCAGCAUCCUUGGCUCUCACACACUAAAUGCGCCCGCCUCCCCCCCCCAUUAUGGUGGCAACCACAACCCUGUCAGAUCUAUUCACCUUUUUCCGAGCAGAUAUUUUGUAACAUCUCCUUGGCUGUGCUGAGAUGAUUCAUCAAUAUUACAAUCUUUAUGAAUUUCUUAGGAAAUCAAUUUAGUGUCCUAUUAUAAUGGAGAAACAGAAGAAAAGAAAUUUGUAAUAAACUAAGUAUCAACAUGUAAAUGCUCUGGCAUAACUACGCUAUAUGACAUCAUGAAAUAGACAUUUAUUCCUAGUUAUAGUGAAUAGGUUUGGGUUUAAGAGUCGGUCAGAGGCUACUGCCUAUAACAAAGUACAGGAAAAGGAAAGAGUAGAGUUACGGAUGACACCAGAAUGAAAAUUAGUCUUGGAGUAAGAAAUCUUACCUGUAUGUAGUAAGGGCAAGAGCGAAGUUACCUUGAUUGGAAGAAGAAUAAAAGGACAGAUUAGAGAUUGUCUAAGAGGAAAAAGUGAAUUACAUUCUCGCAGGCGAGCUGUAGGUCCUACAUAAGUGUCCAUUAGGACAUUAGAAAGUCGUAUAAGGUACAGGAUAACUCUUCGUUGUGUGGGACUAACCCAUACACUGCAGGACAUCUGUUAUCCUGGCAGCAUCCACUCAAUGCCAGUAAAAGUCCGCAAUUAUGAAAACAACAACCCACCAAUUUCCAAGAUAGAAGAGAGAGGACCACUGCCUUAGUUAAGCCCUAGCAUCUUUAGCUUGUUACCUCCCUAAGGAGUCCUCCUAUAGAUAACUUUGGAUGCUUGCCUCCCAGAUCCCCAGUUUUAAAAAUACUUUGCGACUCGCUUUGUUUGUUUUUAGCAUCUAUCCAACUUGGUGUUGUCUGUUUUCCUCAUUCGAAUGUGAGUUCCCUAAGAGUCAGCCUGUCUUGUUCACUGUGCCACCCCCGAUAGCCAGCUGAGUGCUUGAUACGCUGAUACAUUGGAUGAAUGUUGUUCAAUAAAGCUCAACUUUCUAUAAUUCAGUAGUGGAAUUGUAUUCUUGUUCUUCUGCAAGUUCAAUGUGUGAUUACCUAAUAAAAGAAAAUAAGUAUUAA